CUAGAAGAGAUGAAAUCAAUUGCUGCGUUUUAGCCUUGAUAACGCGAAUGUGGGUCUUUUUUUAGUCAAUAUUUAUGACCUAAGGUCCCGUCACUUUUCGUUGUCAAGUUAGCCAAAACCUGCACGCCUGAACACGAAGGAAAUGUCAUCUUUGUGUGGUACCAACAAUGGCGACCAAGAUCCAGGUCAAAACUCAGCAGAAAAAGAGGACAAGGAGCAUCCUCGUGUACUAAUUCCAGAACUCUGCCGGCUCUUCUACCAGCUGGGAUGGGUGACUGGGACAGGUGGAGGAAUCAGUUUGAGAAGAGGAGAGCACAUCUACAUUGCGCCUUCAGGGGUCCAGAAAGAGAGAAUAGAGCCAGAAGACAUGUUUGUGUGUGAUGUGGAGGAGCGAGACAUCAGCUGUCCGCCUGCCUGGAAGAAGUUAAAGAAGAGCCAAUGCACCCCACUCUUUAUGAAUGCAUAUACAAUGAGAGGUGCACAGGCUGUUAUCCACACUCACUCCAAAGCUGCUGUCAUGGCAACCCUGCUGUAUCCUGGUAAGGAGUUCCGAAUAACACACCAGGAGAUGAUUAAGGGCAUCCGUAAAGGCACCACUGGCACAAACUAUAGCUAUGAUGACACUCUGGUCGUGCCUAUCAUCGAGAAUACUCCAGAAGAGAAAGACUUGAAAGAUCGCAUGGCUCGGGCCAUGGAAGAGUACUCCGACUCGUGUGCUGUGCUUGUCCGCAGGCAUGGAGUGUAUGUGUGGGGCGAGUCAUGGGAAAAAGCCAAGACUAUGUGCGAAUGCUAUGACUACCUGUUUGACGUUGCUGUUCAAAUGAAGCAUUGUGGCCUGGACCCUUCAGCUUUUCCUCUAGAAAAGAAAGGCAUAGUUUGACAUUUACAGACACCUUUUAAAGAGACACUUGUUCAAGGGAGGUCAGCAAAGUUCAAUCAGGGAGCAGAUUUUAAUCAUUUUCCUUUCAUGCCAGCCCUCUCCAGUUCUGACGAUGAUUGCGGAUUCAGAGUUGAAGUCCUGUGUUCCAAAGGACUUUGAGAGUACGGCUCUCAGCACUGGGAAAAAUCAACGUCUUUAACGUUGGCAUUCAGUUAAUCUGAAUUGUGAUUUCUUGCGUUUACUCAAACUAACAAUAAAUUUGUUUUCCACAA